UGUUUAUUGGAUCGAGGAUAUAGAGGAAGCAGGAAUUUGAAAAGGUUCGAUUUUGAUUGUGAUUUGAGAGAGGGGGACGAGAAUUUGGUGGAUCUUGUAAAAGUGGCGUUUGAUUUAAUCCAGACAAGGAUAAAUCUGAUUGGCUCCAGGAUAAAAAUCAGAAGAAGCGUCACUGAAACUGAGUUGACUCGGAAAAGAAGAGGAAUCGCUUUUGAGUUCAAAGCAGCAGUGUUGGAAGCCCCUGAUGCUGAGAAUGAGGAGAAGAGUGAGGUUGAUCACGUGCCUGAGUUUCGGGAAUUCACGUUGGAGCAACUCAAGAAUGCAACAUCUGGAUUUGCGGUGGAGAAUAUUGUUUCUGAGCAUGGGGAGAAGGCUCCCAAUGUUGUUUUUAGGGGGAAGUUGGAGAAUCAGAGGAGAAUUGCUGUUAAACGUUUCAACAGGAUGGCUUGGCCUGAUUCACGACAGUUUUUGGAGGAAGCAAGAGCAGUUGGUCAGCUACACAACAAUAGACUGGCGAAUUUGCUUGGCUGUUGUUGUGAAGGUGAUGAGAGGUUGCUUGUGGCAGAGUACAUGCCCAAUGAGACACUCGCGAAACACCUUUUUCAUUGGGAAACCCAACCAAUGAAAUGGGCUAUGCGAUUAAGGGUUGUACUCCAUCUUGCACAAGCUUUAGAAUACUGCACAAACAAAGGGCGUGCGUUAUACCAUGAUCUCAAUGCUUACAGAGUUUUAUUUGAUGAGGAUGGAAAUCCCAGGCUUUCAACCUUUGGCCUGAUGAAAAACAGUAGAGAUGGAAAAAGUUACAGUACAAAUUUGGCAUUUACUCCUCCUGAAUAUUUGAGAACUGGAAGAGUAACACCAGAGAGUGUAAUAUAUAGCUUCGGCACUCUUCUACUUGAUCUUCUCAGUGGAAAACAUAUACCUCCUAGCCAUGCACUUGACUUAAUACGAGACAGAAAUCUUCAGAUGUUGACUGAUUCCUGCUUGGAAGGGCAGUUUUCUGAUAAUGAUAGAACUGAGCUAGUCCGCUUGGCUUCUAGAUGUUUGCAAUGUGAACCUAGAGAGCGGCCAAAUUCUAAAUCUUUAGUUGCUGCUUUGACAACCCUUCAGAAGGAAACUGAUGUUCCUUCACAUGUCUUGAUGGGUAUUCCAAACAGUGCUUCCUUCACUCCCCAAUCCCCAGUUGGAGAGGCUUGCUCAAGAGGGGACUUGACUGCUAUACACGAGAUCUUAGAGAAACUUGGCUACAAAGAUGAUGAAGGAGUGGCAAAUGAGCUCUCCUUCCAAAUGUGGACUGACCAAAUGCAGGAAACCUUGAAUUCAAAGAAAAAAGGUGAUGCUGCUUUCAGGCAGAAAGAUUUUAAAGAAGCAAUUGAGUGUUACUCUCAGUUCAUUGAUGUGGGUACCAUGAUUUCUCCAACUGUUUUUGCACGGCGUAGCCUAUGUUAUCUUAUUAAUGACAUGCCUCAAGAAGCUCUAGACGAUGCAAUGCAAGCCCAAGUCAUUUCUCCAGUAUGGCACAUUGCUUCCUAUCUUCAGGCGACUGCACUUGCUGCUCUUGGAAUGGAGAGUGAGUCUCAAACAGCACUUAAGGAAGGCGCUACUCUUGAAGCCGAGAGAAGCUCAAGGGCUGGGAAAAAGUAAAUACUGAUUAACGGACUGUGAAGAUGAGCGCCUGGCAUCGAUUUUGGGAGUCCACAAUGACUGUGCAACCAAGUAUCAUUCAUUCCAUAAUUCAGCCAUUCAAAAGCAAAUAUUUUCCCGGGAAAAUGCCAUGAGAGAAUCAUCUGGAAAAAGGUAUUUGGACAGGGUGUAGUCAUUGGUUUCUUUCCCUUUUCUAUUAUUAAUUUUUGUUUCCUUAUGAGUAUGUGAGAGUUCUUUCAUUCAUUUUUUGUUCGGUUUGAUCAAUUGUGCAUGACAUUUAUGUAACAAAUUCUUCAUCUUCAUAUUGAUUGGGAACGGAGAAACAUUUUCUUCCCCU